AUGGCAGCAAGAAACGCAGACUCGAUGACUAACGCCCAAGGCGAAUUCAUGCCUCACAAGCCCCGUGAUGAACCUAUGGAGACGAAAGGCCACCAAGUUGGCCAAAAAGUGUCGCCGGCAGACCACGCGCCCGAGUUCUCAGCCCGAACGCUCCCCGCGGGCACAGCUCCUGCCGAGUCGACUUUCCAACCCAACCCUACGGGCGAGGUGCCGGGCCAGGCGUUCAACGACAACGUCGACCGCGCACACGGCAAGGAAGGCGUGCGCACCGACCCGCUGAGCACGCUCCCGGGCGCCACGUCGGCCGAUGUGCACCAGGGGCUCGGGCAUCCGGGCCAGGGCCAGACGUCGACGGAGAUUCGCCACGAGGGACACCACACGGCCAGCAAGGCGACGUCGGGCCCGGAAGGCGCAGGCGCCACGGGCGGUUCAGGCCUACAUGACCCCAGCGAUGUGAAUACCGAAUUCCGCCGGCUGCAGCAGGAGGGCAACCACCCCCGGGGACCCGUCGCGGGACACAACGUGAGCUUGACGGGCGCCGAGGCGAAAGAGCCGAUGAGCGCAGAGUUCGUUGCCGCUGAGGGCGGAAAGGCCGGCCAGCACGCGGCAUACUCCACGGCCAAGAAUGCCACGGGAGUGUCGGACAGGGGAGCUGGAAACUCUCGCGAGUAA